AUGAUCGAAGACAAAGGUCACCGCGUAACGGACUACUUCGUGGUGGCCGGACUGACGGACAAGUCGGCGCCACUGGAGCACGAUCUUUCCGAGGCCAAGGCGAGCGGACCAAAAGCCCCUAUCACCGACCUGGCCGUCAUCAACAGAUCCGCCGGAGAGGCAGUGCCCGAGGGCUUCACCUGCAUCGACAGCACCCACGGCGGCCAGCCCGCCAACUUGAACCACGGCAGCCUCAAGAGCCCCGAGCUCUUCCUGUGCUACAAGCGGAGUCGUGGAAAGCCUCCGCUCAUCGACGUCGGCGUGCUGUACGAGGGCAAAGAACGUCUGAUCCAAGGCUGCGAGGUCAUUCAGGCCACGCCGUACGGCCGCUGCGCUAACGUCAACAACAGCUCGGCGACCUCGCAGCGCAUCUUCAUCACCUUCCGCCGCGCUCCUCCCGUCCUGCCCCAGAACUCUCUGGCGGUGACCGACAUCUGUGUCAUUGUUACAAGCAAGGGCGAGUCGCCGCCGCAUACCUUCUGCAAAGUGGACAAGAACCUCAACUGCGGCAUGUGGGGCUCAAGUGUGUUUCUGUGUUAUAAGAAAUCCGUGUCAGCAUCCAACUCCAUCACUUACAAGGCUGGUCUCAUAUUUCGCUACCCAGAGGAGGACUACGAGUCUUUCCCGCUGUCAGAGUCGGUUCCUCUCUUCUGCUUGCCCAUGGGCGCCAAGAUCGAAUGUUGGGCACCAAACACCCGAGACCCUUUACCUGUCUUCUCCACGUUUGUGUUGACUAUCAGCUCGGGUGAAAAGGUGUACGGUUCGGCCAUCCAGUUCUAUGAGCCCUACCCGGUAGAGCAGCUGAGUGAGAAGCAGAAGAUCCACCUGGGCCUGCUCACUACUGUGGAAAAGAAAAUGAUCCCCAACCGUCCCUUGAACGCCAACAAAUGUAUCUGCCUCCUCUCUCACUGGCCAUUCUUUGAAUCUUUCCGCAAAUUCCUGAUGUUCCUCUACAAGCUGUCCGUCUCCGGCCCGCACCUGUUGCCUAUUGAGAAGCACAUUUCACACUUCAUGCACAACGUGUCCUUUCCGUCACCGCAAAGGCCACGAAUUUUGGUCCAACUUUCGGCACAUGACACCUUGAUCCUCUCCCAGCCUGUUUCUACACCUUUACCCCUCAGCGGUGCGGACUAUGGGACUCUCUUGAUGAAUCUGGGUUCUGAGAACUGUGCCACUUUGCUGCACUUUGUCUUAUUGGAGAGCAAGAUCCUGCUGCACUCGCUUAGACCGGCCGUGCUCACCGGAGUGGCGGAGGCUGUCGUGGCGAUUAUCUUCCCCUUCCAGUGGCAGUGUCCCUACAUCCCCCUGUGCCCGCUCUCCCUCGCAGGGGUCCUCAACGCCCCGUGUCCAUUUAUCGUGGGCGUCGACUCCCGUUACUUCGACCUCUACGACCCGCCGCCGGACGUCGUCUGCGUCGAUCUGGACACCAACACCAUCUAUUUGUCUGAUGAGAAGAAGCACGGUAACUGGAAAAACCUCCCGAAGAAGCCCUGCAAGAGCUUGAUCAACUCCUUGAGCAAUUUGCACCACCAACUAGCCACAGUUUCUGUCCGUCAAACGGCGCAGACAAACUCUGCGGUGGACAUGACACCCAUCGAGGCCGACUUCACUUGGCACAAGAAGAAGACUGCCCUGGAGAUGGAGAUCCAGGAGGCUUUCCUGCGCUUCAUGGCCUCCAUUCUCAAAGGCUACCGCUCCUACCUCAAACCCAUCACCCAAGCACCGUCUGAGAAGGCCACGGCCGCCGACUCCCUGUAUGAUUUACAAGGUUUUCUCAAGAGCAGAGACCGUACACAUCAGAAGUUCUACUCGCAGCUGACCAAGACUCAGAUAUUCAUCCGCUUCAUUGAGGAAUGCACGUUUGUCAGCGACAAAGACACCGGUUUGGCCUUUUUCGACGACUGUGUCGAGAAGCUUUUUCCCACGUAUAAAAUCACAGAGAAGGGCACCAAGGUCGAGGGGGAAUCUUCAGAAGAUACUAGACUCUUAGAGCUGGAUGAGUCGCAGAAGAGCGAGCACACAGUUUUCGUGAUGCCUCCCGAGCCUCCGGCUGAGGAUGAAGCGCACGCCGUAUAUACUUACAAAGGAUUCCCCUGGCUAAAGUUAGAACUGUUUGACCGUCCGAGAGAGCUGCGUCCGGCAAUCAGCAGCAGAGCAGCGGGCGCCAGUCUUUCCAGCAGCCCUGCGCUACUGGCAAAGCGGACCAAGCAGGAGAUCAAACUAGCAUACAAAUUGGCCAAGCGCUUCUACGGCAACCCUCAGCUGUGGGCCCGCUGUCUUUUCAGUCACUGUUACAGCCUGUGGUUCAUCUGUUUGCCGGCGGCCGUACGCCUAGCCAAAUCCAAAAGCCGUGCUAUGCAACAGGCGUAUAAUGUCCUCUUGAAGAUGAGGACGACUGAGGUGGAGGUUUUGGAUGAGGUUUGUUACAGAGUUGUGAUGCAGCUCUGUGGGAUUUGGGGUCUUCCCGUCAUGGCCGUGAGAGUAUUGGUCGAGAUGAAGAAAGCCGGCGUUCGUCCCAACGCCAUCACAUAUGGAUAUUACAACAAGGCAGCCUUAGAGAGCCCGUGGCCCAGUCGAAACCGCAGCGGCCUUUUUAUGUGGACCAAGCUUCGCAACGUCCUGCGUGGGGUCGUCCAGUUCAAGCACGCUCUGAACCAGUCGCCAUCCAGAAAGACACCAACAGUCUCCAACACAGGUGGCUCACUGGCUGCCAUUGACGGCGCUAGACUGUCCUCGGGGAGCGCCGACCUCAACUUGGAGGAUCACGUCUUUGCUCGGAAUCUGCAAGCAGGAGACGCCGAACAUGAGCACUGUCAUACAAGUAGUCAGUCCGAUCAGGGCUACGGCUCCAAGGAUGAGUUGCGUCAGGAGAUGCAUUCGGCGGACCUUCUGACCGAUAAGAAAUGGAAAACCAGAAAACAGCAUCAAGGAGGUGACAUUGCCGGAUCCGUGGACAGCGCCUUGGCAGUCGCGGAGCCUCAGAGUCCUGUCGACGCACCUUCGCCCGGGCCCAGUAUCGUGAGAUUGUCUACCGGGAGCUUUGACGCCGGCGAUGAAUCUGGAAAGCUGUUCCGAAGGCACAGCAAGGCGGACGACGUGUCUCUACCCGAUGACGACGCCUCCGCAGAAGUGCCCGAUCCGCCUCAGAAGCAGCGGAAGAAAGCGUUUGCCGAACGUAGCCGAAGUUUUAGCGCCGAAACGCGUGCCGGAAUGCUUUCGGAAAAAGGUGUGGACCACAUGGCCGGCCAGCUCGGCGCCGACGCCCGCAUUCUGGCUGCGGCGCUUUCCACCGGACAGAACAGCGCCGGCGGUGCGGCCAAGGCUCUUUUUCAGGACCUGGAGGAAGAACCAGAAGACGUGGAUCCGGAGAAGGAAGAAGAGAAGGAAUUUGAGAAAGUUGAGCAAGAGUAUGAAGGAAUAGUGGAAAAGUGGGAGAGAAAACAGAGCGAAACAAACGAGGAGUCGUCCGCGGUGCGUACCGUUAGCCUGGAAAGGGCGGAUGUGGAGGUGGGUGCGGAUCCCCUUUCACUCUUGAUGUCUGAGAGCCAAGAAUCUGACUCUGUAAAUAGCCAAGAGCUCUCUCGCUCCAGCAACCCUGUGAUUUCCCGCAACCUAGCGGAGGAAAUUGAAAUGUACAUGAGCUUGCGAAGCCCCCUGGGCGCCAAGUCCACCAGCACGGAGCUCAAGCAAGCACAGGGAGACUCCGCCGAUGGCCCGCGUCCCAUACAAUCUUUGGAAAGGAGGUCCAGCCUUCCCGCGCCUCCGCCGCGAACACCUACGGGGUCGCCCGCCAACACGCCCAAACGCAGCCCCGCCGCCGUCACUCGCUCCAAAACCUUCGCCGCCAAGACAAAGCCUCCCGUCGGCAGGACCGCCAGCCCGACCGUGAGAUCGUCUUCGCUGGCGCCGCUUAUCAAAUCUUCUCAGGGAGGAUCGCUGGGCUCGGUCAUCAACUCAAUUUCAGCCAUGAAAAUGGACAACUUGCUGUCCGGGCCCAAAAUUGACGUGCUCAAAUCAGGAAUGAAGCAGGCGGCUAACGUCGCCAGCAAAAUGUGGGUAGCCGUCGCGACGGCUUAUUCGUACUCGGACGAUGAGGAAGAACAAAGUCCAAGUGGAGGAGGCUUCCCAGCCAGCCUGGAUGAAAACAUGUUGAGAAGGCACGACGUUGAGGACUGUACCGAAAGAGGGGCCAUCCCGGGUUUGGUAGCUAAUGGUCUGAACCAGAGCUGCACCAGCAUCGGCAGCAGCAGUAGCAGCAGCGACACAGGCCGAGGGACGCACCAUGCAACUCCCGGGCGAGCGGGCAAAGCUACUGACUCGGAGCAAGGCUCAUCGCAUCACGCGUCUUCCUCCAGCAUCUUUCAGAACUACGCGUUGGAGGUGCUGAUGUCAAGCUGCUCCCAGUGUCGCUCCUGCGAAGCGUUGGUGUACGAUGAAGAAGUCAUGGCGGGGUGGACUGCCAACGACUCCAACCUCAAUACAAAUUGUCCGUUCUGUCAAGCGGCCUUCCUUCCCCUUCUACACAUCGAGUUUCAUGACUUGCGCACUAUGACCGGAUUCUACAUGAAUCCCAGUGCGUCCGGAGACAGUAUUCACAGUUCAAAUGGUGGCCAAGCAUCAACUCCCAGUGACACAAAGACAACAGAGCACAUUGAUUUUCCAGAGGAAAUAAAGGAUACUCUGGAAAAUACCCCCGCAACGCAUAAGAGUAUGAUUCCGGCGCCACUGCAAUCUGACCCGCUGGGUCUAUUGGAGCACCAGGCGUCGGCGAAAAGAUGCGGCGGCUCAUCGCUGACGCGCAGCAAUAGUGUCGGCGGCCCACUGCAGUGCCUGGACUCCCCUCUGCGACCCAGUCACGGCAUCUCCACCACUAGCCUUCCGGGCAGCCUACAUGAGGCGCCGGAUGGAAUGGCGGCAAAAAAGCCGAAUCCCAAGCCCGUGUCUGUGCCUUACCUCAGCCCCCUAGUCCUGCGCAAAGAACUGGAGACACUCCUAGAGAAUGAGGGAGACCAGGUGAUUUACACCCACAAGUUCCUCAGUCAGCAUCCAAUCCUCUUCUGGAACCUGGUGUGGUAUUUCCGUCGUCUGGACCUGCCAACUCACUUACCCGGCCUCAUCCUGACCUCUGAACAUUGCAACAACGGUGUGCAGCUGCCCUUGACGUCGCUGUCCCAGGACAGUAAGCAAGUAUACAUCCAGAUCCUGUGGGACAACAUUAAUCUCCACCAAGAGGCCGGAGAUCCCCUUUACCUGCUGUGGAGGACCUUGUUGGAAAAGAAGGGCACGUUGGCACCAACGGAUCACCAGGAGAUCCGCACGCUCCUCAACACCAUCGUGCGCAACAUCCAGACCAACGACGUGUACGGCCCCAUCAACCUGCUGAUCCGAGAAAUCAAACGCCGUCCGGAGGACGUCAAGCGCCAGCGGAGCAUUUACAGAGAGAUCUUAUUCCUCUCCCUUGUGGCAUUGGGACGAGAGAACAUCGACAUCGAGGCCUUUGACAGGGAGUACCAGCUAGCCUAUGAGGAACUUAGCGCCGAGCAACUCAAGUCUCUGCACCCAAUCGAUCGGCCGCCCGGCGCCAGCGUCCGGUUCUGCCUUAAAAGUUUCGGCGCCCCGUUCAUCUAG